CGGCCCCGGCCCUCUUUCCCGCUCGCGCCCCGCCCCGGCCUCGGCAGGCAGACGCCAUCCGCCGCCUGGGCUGUGAAUGAAAGGCGAGAGCCUCCGGGGCUGGCUGCAGGCGACGCGGCGACGCGGCCUCCCGGGGGGCGCUCGGCUCGCGCCGCGGAGAUGUACGAGUGAGCAGCCUGAAGCUGCAGAUCACUUGACAAAAGCAUGUGACUGCAGGGCACCUGCAGUGGGGAAGGAGUUAGGACAGGGCCCAUCAGAAUGGAUGCAAACAGAUGGUACUUACCCCCUGAAUCAUUCACAGAAAGAUUAUAAUGAAGGAAUCCUCUGGGCAGCUGCCUGCAGCAAAGGAGUGUCAUGCCAAUGCUCGAUGGGAGAGUGUUAUGGAGUCUAGCCUAGUGCAAAGGCUUGUCUGAGGUGUGAGAGAGCACACUCUCCAAGGGGAGGGCUCAUCAGCCUGGAUGUGUGUGUGGCUGCUGUGGAGCCCUACGCCCCAGGUACAAAAGGCUUGUUGACAACAUCUUCCCUGAGGAUCCUGAGGAUGGCCUGGUGAAAACCAACAUGGAGAAGCUGACCUUCUAUGCCCUCUCAGCUCCAGAAAAGCUAGAUCGUAUUGGUGCCUACCUCUCCGAGAGGCUCAUCCGUGAUGUAGGUCGUCAUCGGUAUGGGUACGUGUGCAUCGCCAUGGAGGCUCUGGACCAGCUGCUCAUGGCCUGCCACUGCCAGAGCAUCAACCUCUUCGUGGAGAGUUUCCUCAAGAUGGUGGCCAAGCUGCUGGAGUCGGAGAAGCCCAACCUGCAGAUCCUCGGCACCAACUCGUUUGUGAAGUUCGCCAACAUCGAGGAGGACACCCCAUCCUAUCACCGGAGCUAUGACUUCUUUGUGUCCCGCUUCAGUGAAAUGUGCCACUCUAGCCACGAUGACUUGGAAAUCAAGACUAAAAUCCGAAUGUCGGGCAUCAAAGGUCUACAAGGAGUGGUGAGGAAGACAGUGAAUGACGAAUUGCAGGCCAAUAUCUGGGACCCACAGCACAUGGACAAGAUCGUUCCCUCGCUGCUUUUCAAUCUGCAGCACGUAGAGGAGGCAGAGAGCCGCUCUCCUUCGCCCCUCCAAGCGCCAGAGAAGGAAAAGGAGAACCCGGCAGAGUUGGCCGAGAGGUGCCUUCGGGAACUGCUGGGCCGGGCUGCCUUUGGCAACAUAAAAAAUGCCAUUAAGCCUGUUCUCAUCCAUCUGGAUAACCAUACUCUCUGGGAACCAAAGGUGUUCGCCAUCCGUUGCUUUAAAAUCAUCAUGUACUCGAUUCAGCCGCAGCACUCCCACCUGGUUAUCCAGCAGCUCCUGAGCCACCUGGACGCCAACAGCCGCAGCGCGGCCACGGUGCGCGCGGGCAUCGUGGAGGUCCUGUCCGAGGCUGCCGUCAUCGCUGCCACCGGCUCUGUUGGGCCCACGGUGCUGGAGAUGUUCAACACUCUGCUGCGGCAGCUGCGGCUCAGCAUCGACUACGCCCUGACCGGGAGCUACGACGGCGCGGCAACCCUCGGCACCAAGAUCAUCAAGGAGCACGAAGAGCGCAUGUUCCAGGAGGCCGUCAUCAAGACGAUAGGCUCCUUUGCCAGCACGUUGCCCACUUACCAGCGCUCGGAGGUGAUCCUCUUCAUCAUGAGCAAGGUCCCCCUGCCUUCCCUGCACCACCCCGUGGAGAUGGGGAAAACAGGGGAGAACAGGAACCGACUGACCCAGAUUAUGCUGCUGAAAUCCCUCCUUCAGGUGUCCACGGGUUUCCAGUGCAACAAUAUGAUGUCAGCCCUGCCCAGCAACUUCCUUGACCGCCUUCUCUCCACCGCCCUCAUGGAGGACGCGGACAUCCGCCUCUUCGUUCUAGAGAUUCUCAUCAGUUUCAUUGAUCGUCAUGGCAACCGCCAUAAGUUCUCUACUAUCAGUACCCUCGGUGACAUCUCUGUGCUGAAGCUGAAAGUGGACAAGUGCUCCCGACAGGAUACUGUCUUCAUGAAGAAGCACUCCCAGCAGCUCUACAGACACAUCUACCUGAGCUGUAAGGAGGAAACCAACAUACAGAAGCACUACGAGGCUCUCUACAGCUUGCUGGCGCUCAUCAGCAUCGAGCUGGCCAAUGAGGAGGUGGUGGUAGACCUCAUCCGCCUGGUGCUGGCUGUUCAGGAUGUGGCCCAGGUCAAUGAAGAGAACUUGCCUGCAUAUAACCGCUGCGCUCUCUAUGCACUGGGGGCGGCCUACCUGAACCUCAUCAGCCAGCUCACCACGGUGCCUGCCUUCUGCCAGCACAUCCAUGAGGUGAUAGAGACCAGGAAGAAAGAGGCUCCAUGCAUGCUGCCUGAGGAUGUGUUUGUGGAGAGACCCAGGUUGUCCCAAAAUCUUGAUGGAGUGGUAACUGAAUUGCUCUUCCGCCAGAGCAAGAUCAGUGAAGUCCUGGGAGGCAGUGGCUACAAUUCCGACAGGCUCUGCCUGCCCUACAUCCCUCAGCUGACAGAUGAGGAUCGCUUAUCCAAGAGGAAGAGCAUUGGAGAAACCAUUUCCCUGCAGGUGGAGGUAGAAUCUAGGAACAGCCCUGAGAAGGAGGAGCGCGAGCCUGCCGAGGAGAUCACCUACGAGACGCUGAAGAAGGCCAUUGUGGACAGUGUGGCCGUCGAGGAGCAGGAGCGUGAACGGCGACGACAGGUGGUGGAAAAGUUCCAGAAGGCACCCUUUGAAGAGAUUGCAGCACACUGCGGGGCCCGGGCCUCACUGCUGCAGAGCAAACUCAAUCAGAUCUUUGAGAUCACCAUCCGGCCCCCACCCAGCCCAUCCGGAACCAUCACUGCAGCCUAUGGCCAGCCUCAGAACCACUCCAUCCCCGUCUACGAGAUGAAGUUUCCCGAUCUGUGCGUAUACUGAGCUCUGAGAGAAGGUGCUCCUCGGAGGGGCGGGGUCUGAGGGAGGGGCUCGCCCUCAGGCCCACCCCUGUGACAUGGGAAUCUAACUGGGAUCUCAGAGAAAAAGCACCUUGGAUGGCAGCAUGGCCCCAGCUAAGCAAGGUGGAGCUCGGGCCCCCUCUCUGCCCUCCUGCCACCUCCUUGUCCUCCCUGAGGGAGACCCAGCCACCUGUCCCUCCACAGCCAACAAGCAUCUCACCUGCGCCCUUUGUCUCCUUUGUGUCAGCCAGGGGUGAGAAUGGGGUGGGGACCUUCCAGAGAGAGGCUGAGGUCCCUAGAAGCCCCUGCUUGGUGUAGCGGGUGAAGGGCUCUCAUGGGGUUGGGCUGGGGGGCAGAGCUACCAUCCCCAAGGAGGGAACUAGACAGAGACCAGUUGGUCACAGGACGCUGUGGACUGCAGUCAGGAAGAGGCCAGCAAGCUCCCCUGGUACAGCCGUGGCCUGCAGGCUGGAAGACAGGGUGGAUACUCCCCCUCAGCACAACCCUCCUCCUGCCUUAGUUGGGAGCCCAAGGGCCCCAGCGCUCUCCUAUGUCUUCCACUUUCCUGCUCUCCCGCCAGUUGUCGCUUUGUAAUACUGUCUGUUAAUUAAUGUGGGGCCCUUAAACAGGAGCUGGGAUGGAGACACCGUGUGGGGGCAGCAAAGGAUGAAAUGAAGGACAGGCUGGGCAGCUGGGCCAGGGAGCGUCCACACGGGUGGACGUGGCAAGUCCGUGUCCCUCUGUAGCAUCUUCUCACCUCCUGUGUUCAAAGGGAGUUUGAUGGGCCCUCUCAUGGUUCUCUCCCUUCUGGAUGUUUCUCUAAGUUGAGUUCUGUCUUCCUGAGUAUCCCAACUUGGUUCUACAGUCUCUGGGUUGAGGGAGAGCAGAAUGAGAUAAUAAGGGUCUAGAAGAAUCAAAAGGAGGAGGAAAUGCAGUGCCCUGCAGGCCUGUCCAUGUCACCCCCUGUGGAAGAGGCAGGCUGGAUGAGGGAGGCUGGAAGGAAGGGGAGGGGAGGGGAGUAGAACUUUGCAGCUCAAGGAUGUCAGAAGUCAACCUUUUGGAUAUUUCAUUAGAAGAAAGAAUGGUCCAGCACCUAAUACUGGAAUGAUUUCUUCACACUUUGGACAAGGCCUAAAUAUCAAUGCUGAACGGCAAAGCUGGGGGUCUGGGGAGAGGUGGCAGAGACCCUUUUGUGUUCUGGGCUUCCAUUUUCUCUGGGUGCCAUUGUUCUGUCUGUGCAGAGGUGGAGCUGCUGCAGUGCCGGAGGGCCUUUUGCAGCUCUUAUCCCCACUUCCCCAUCUCAUCCCUGCUCCGGGGAUCUUCGUGCCUCCAAAGCCUCUAUACCUUGCCUGUGGCAGUGCCCUGAGGUCGAAAGUGGCCCUUUUCCCUUCUUCCAGUCAAACUUCCACAAACGUUUCUGAACUGAUGUAACUCACUGUAAGGUGUGAAUGGUCAAAUGAUUCCUCCCUAGAAAAUUUGCUUUUUAAAAAGAGGGAGGAUGAGUACAUUUCUUGACCCAAAGGAAUCCCUUUAUAGGGUACCCCUUUUUAGUAUAGGGUGUGGUCAGAAGCGAGCUGUUUCUGCUAAGGACAGGUUCUUAGGACACCCUUGGGUCACACCCCUGCAAGAUGGCCCUGCACAGAUGCACUAUGAGAGCCUGAUUAUUAGGACAGAUAGGUGUAUUUCCCAAACUGGGAGAACCUUAACAUAUGCAUUUUUCCAUUACAUAUGCAAUAAAUAUCUUGGGUUGGGUGCAGUGGGGGCAGCAAUCUGACCCUCAUCCCUGCAGUUCCUGCCUUUGGUCACUGCCUUCUGUGCUGAGGGCCCAUGGCUUCUGGGUGACCUGAGUGAUUACAGGACCCAGGGAACCUGGCUUCUGCUCUUCCAUAGCUCUUGGCUCUGCUCUGUGGCUUUUGGCUAAGGCUUAAUGCAAAUUUACAAGCACAAAAUGAGAGUUCUCUUUAACUUAAUGUCUCCCUAUUAAGAAACCAAGUUUAAAUAGCUUGAAACAAACUUGAAGACAAAUAGCCUUCAAAAGAAAGUUCACAAAAAAUCUAAAUCUUUAGCCACAAACAUGUCUUUACUCACUGGAUUUUUCCAUUUUUAUCCCCUGCUUGGCUUUGAUGAGAAACCCUGUUUCUUUCUUGUGCCUCUUUGACUUUAGAGUCUGCCCCCAUGGCCACUGUACCCUGAGCACUGCCCUUGGGGCCCUGGUUCUUGGGAGUCAUGCCUCCGGACCCUCUGGAGAGCCGGGACUAAAACCAGAGACCUGCAGGUGCAGUCAGAUAUCACUCCCUCAUCCCCACCCUGGAAAUAGAAAAAAAAUGCAGGAUUCCCAUUCUUUAUACACUCAACUGCCGUUUCCUGUAUAUGUGUCCUAAUCAGCUUUUUCUUUACAUCACUGCUUAGCAAAGAUAUGCUCCUUUUGGAGAACUGGCCAUUUCUGCAUGCUCUCUUCUCACUUUCAAUUUAAACUUACACUCAGUAGAAUAUUAGGUUGACUACUGGCAUUCAGCUGAACCUGGAUUCUGGCCAAAUGUGCUUAGAAUCAAAAAGUUUAAGAUGAGUUUCACCUGGAACAGACAAUUAUAUGGCAAGUUAAGCAGUCUCCUUUACUCCCCUGCAAGCCCCAGGGGAGAGGCAAAGCAGAACUUGGUGGGUACCCAGCUUUUGGCCCAGGAUUACUGCUUCCUGCCUUCUGGUCACCCUGUGCCUGGCAGUGCUGUCAUGUGACCAACUCUUGGGGGAACAGCCCUUCUCUGAGCCAGCAAGCCCAUCUAGACUAGCUGCUCCUCAAAGCCACUAAGGACUCCUGCUUUGUGGGCAAGGGUGGGGUGGUUUAGUCCUCUACUGACAGAACUUCAUAGGCAUGAAUGUACAUGGGAUUAGGAAGCUCUGUUAAUUUGGUUGCAUCAUGUAAGUGCAUAAGAAGCAGGUCAGCAGAAAGACCGAUAUGAUACUAGAGGCUCCAUCUCUUUUCCUUGUAUUGGGCUCGCCAGUGUCCUGUGUGUUUCCAUUUUCCUCUAUCUGAAAAGUAGAAAUGAGUGGUUUCCUGAUUCCUAACUGCCUCCUCACAAGUGAAGAAGCCAAGCCGGGCAGAAGAACUAGAAAAGUCCUCAGAACUCUCUCAGUACAGCCCCAUACACAAGGGUAAACGGAUGAGCAGUGAAAUGGUAGGGCUGGGAACAGCUAAAGUGCUUGAGGAAGCACGAGGAUCAUAUACAUGCUGCCCUUUGCCUGCAUAUUCUGGGUCCCAGAGGACAUGUUUCAGCUGGCCCAAGAAUCAGAACAGCUUUGGGGUACUUUGGCUCAAAGUCCAGAACCCUGGGCUUCUCUGAGGGCCCCUGGGUCCCAACACCUUCCAGCUGCUAUUAUGCUGUCCCCGGGCCUUUUGACCUGGGCACAGAGGCUUUUCUCUGUGCAAAUGAGGCCAUUUCUCCCAAUUCGUCUUCAUGGCCAGAAGAUGGCAUCUGGCCUGUGGUGCCUGUGGGAAAGGGCUAGACCUCGGUGUAAGGCUGGGUGGCAAGUGUGGAAGUGGACAGGAAGGUUAGCUCAUCGGGGCACAUCAUGCCCACCUCCCCUACCCAUAGGCCCUGGCAGGUAGGUCAUGCUGAAAUAAGGCAUUUUCCUUAUGUCUGGUGAGGUUUAGGGCAGUGUGUUGCUUCUUUCUUCCAUUAACCCUAGAAAUCUUCAGGUUAUCCCAAAUCUGAUCUAGGUCUGAAGGUUGCAGAAGGGUGGUCACUAUGGACCUGGCCAGCUGGGGAAGAGGGGAGGAGACACAGGGGCUUUGGGAGGGGCCUUGUGGCUGUUAGGGCCAGAAAGCAGUUUUCUGUGCUGUCCUUUAGCAGCAGCCAGGUUGAGCAGGUCUUUUCUCCUCCAGGGGACCUUGGGCCCUCAGCCCAUCACCACCCCCUUUUGAGUUCUUCCCUGUGACUAUUGAUUCUGGCCCAUGGAGUGCAGAGCUAUAAACCCACAGAUGCUGCAGCACUACACAUACAUUGUAACAUGCCUGUGUCCAUUUAGACCCUCAAGACCUCGCUGAGAGUGUGUGUGACCGUGUGCGUGCAUGUGUGCAUAAUGUACUUCAUAGUUGACAGAAUAUAUAUAUAACAGCUGAUGUAUUUAUAUGGAUGUGCAGAAUUAGUGCCUGUGACAGUUUUCUGUAUUUUAAACUCAUUGAAUCAAAUUAGUCUUUUUUUUUUUAAGGAAAGGGAAAGGAGGGGGUGGGGGGGAGUGUUAGGAAGGACUGUUAGCAAGAUCAUUCUUUCGUACUAUUAGUCGUGAUUUCCCAAUGAGUCUUCAUGAUGCCCUUUUCAAAUAAAUGUUAAUGUUG